UAGGAUGACUGAAUAGCUUUAUGUGUGACGUGUAUUGAUAGCAAUACUAGUAAACAGACAUCUAAUACAUUGCAAUACAUUUGGCGCUUAAACUCAAACAUACAGUUGUUUUCAAUGUUAUUAGUAUUUAUGUAACAAUAAAAUAGUCACCGAUUGGCGACUAACGGAUAUCGGCAACAAAUAAUUAACCGAAAAUCGAAAUGGCCAACUGUGUGGACACAUUGGAGGCAGUGUUGAGUAACGCCGACUGCAAACUAGACUCAAUAAUGUAUCAAUUGAAGAGCCGUAUGUGUCAGAUAGAGACCGGCAAUGGACAGGAGGGUAGCGGCGAUGAUCAGCAGCCAAUUACUAUGAGUUGCGCCGAAAUGAUUGGCAACUUGAAGGACAUCCAGUCUGAUCUACAGGAGCUGCGCGAACAACAUCGUGAAUUGCAUGACAUGGAGAACCAGAUGAACGAACAAUUGAUGGACAAGUGUUCAAAAGUUACAGAAAAUGUUCAGAAAUUGAAGAAUAAGUUGAAUAGCGAUUAGGUUUUGCUGAUGAAUCCCCCGAACACCCGAUAUAUGGAAACCAAUUGUGACCACUUAUUGGUUGACCCGAUAUGUGUAUUGAAAUAACUAUG